GCUAGUGAGGGGCGGGCUGGCGCGGGGGGCGGCUGAGACAGUGCCGGCUGGGGGGCCUCGGGAGGGAUGUGAGAGUUGUGUGUGUCCCUUCGUGCGAGCUCACUGCCACCCUCGCGCGCUGCGUCCCUGCGGCCCGGCUGAGGCUCCCCUCGGCCUCUCCGGCCGGGCCCCACGUUAUGUCGUGAUCCCGGGCGGGCGGCGCUGCUGCUGCUGCUCAUGGGGCUGCUCAGGAUUAUGCUGCCGCCCAAGUUGCAGCUGCUGGCGGUGCUGACGUUCGGGGUGGCCGUGCUCUUCCUGGAGAACCAGAUCCAGAAGCUGGAGGAGUCCCGCGGCAAGCUCGCAUACGGACAGGAUCUUCUGUCCCAGCGGAGGGCCCCAGUCCUUAGGGGAAGGGUUGGAAGGACUGACACUGACCAUCAUGCUUGUGGAGAUGGGGCCGUGCGAUCUGAAAGAGCUAUUGCAAGACAUGAAGUCAGAGAAAUAGAACAACGUCAUACAAUAGAUGGUCCUCGACAAGAUGCAACUCUGGAUGAAGAUGAUGAUGUGGUGAUCAUUUACAACAGAGUACCUAAAACUGCAAGCACAUCCUUCACAAAUAUUGCCUAUGACCUUUGUGCAAAGAACAAAUAUCAUGUUCUGCAUAUCAAUACAACCAAAAAUAAUCCUGUUAUGUCACUGCAAGAUCAGGUACGAUUUGUUAAGAAUGUAACUUCCUGGAAGGAAAUGAAACCAGGAUUUUAUCAUGGACAUAUAUCUUACUUGGAUUUUGCAAAAUUUGGUGUUAAAAAGAAACCAAUUUACAUUAAUGUCAUAAGAGAUCCUAUAGAACGACUAGUUUCUUAUUAUUACUUUUUGCGGUUUGGAGAUGAUUACAGACCAGGGCUACGAAGGCGAAAACAGGGGGAUAAAAAGACCUUUGAUGAAUGUGUAGCAGCUGGAGGCUCAGACUGUGCUCCAGAGAAACUUUGGCUUCAAAUUCCAUUCUUCUGUGGCCACAGCUCAGAAUGCUGGAAUGUGGGGAGCAGAUGGGCUUUGGAACAAGCCAAGUACAACCUGAUUAAUGAAUUCUUCCUAGUGGGAGUCACUGAAGAGCUUGAAGACUUUAUUAUGUUAUUGGAGGCAACUUUGCCCCGAUUCUUUAGGGGUGCUACAGAACUGUACCGGACAGGAAAAAAGUCUCAUCUUAGGAAAACAACAGAGAAAAAGCUCCCAACAAAAGAAACCAUUGCCAAGCUGCAGCAGUCGGAAAUUUGGAAAAUGGAGAAUGAGUUCUAUGAAUUUGCACUGGAGCAAUUUCAGUUUGUCAGAGCACAUGCAGUUCGGGAAAAAGAUGGAGAAUUGUAUAUUCUGACGCAAAACUUUUUCUAUGAAAAGAUUUACCCUAAGUCGAACUAAGAACAAGGUAUACUGUUAGAUUAAUGGACUAAACCUUUGGUCACUUUGUCAUCUUAGUUCUCAGCCCUGGAAAAUAGUUUGCUGGUAGACCUCUGAGGUAUUUCUCUCUAGAGCUGAGGAAAGUGGGCUGUGGAUCACACCAAAGGUGUUGGAUACUUGACUUAAGCUUCAGUUCUUUUAUCUAACUAAUAGUUUCAGUGGGAGUUACUACCCUUUCCCUGAAGAAACCUACAUUUUCCUUUACAGAUAUUAACUGCACAGAGGUUUUGGUUGAAAAUAUAAACAAAAAAUGCUUCUGUUUAUGCUGUUGUUGAUUCUCAGAGCAAUUUAUUUUCAUUUAAACUUCUGUAAACAAGAAAUCAACUGUUUUCCCAGCUUCUACAUGGAGAUUUUGGUUGUAUACAAUUAUGAAUAGUGUUAAUAACUGGUUGACAUCUGUGCUUUGUUUUUGUGAGUCACGUUACAUGAUAUUCAUUGGAAUGGUCAAUCGUGUUCUGCUAAGACAUGCUGCUGCUGGAUUUGCCCAUAUAUAAAUGUGGUUUUAUUAAAAAGAAAAGUUAUAACUAAUCAUUAGUGUUUUUAAAAAAUAAUUUCCAUAUUAAUAUUGUAAAAAGAGAAUCAAGGCAGUAUUUCCUUUUCCUCCCUCACCCCAACUGCCAACUGAAGUUGGGAAAAUUCUGCAAAGAAGUUGGCAUUGCCUGCAGUUCUAGUUAAUGCUUAUACAUCAAUAUAAAAAAACCCUAGUAAAUUCAGUAUCAAGUUGCUCCAUGGAUUCUUCGUAAUGACUGUAAACUGAGAUAUUGGUGAAUCCAUAUUAUGACUCCAUUAGUGAGCUGUGGUAUGGUUUGGGUUUUCCUACUUCUUCUAUACUUUUACCUGUAGAAUAUUUUUACUAAGGUGCUUUAUAAUGUGUUUUAAAGCAUUGCAUUUACAAAAGGAGUAAAAUGCUGUAAAUACUGCAUAUUUUAUGUAUUUGGACCAAAAGGUUACAAGUAAUUAGCUGAAAGUGGUUUUUGCACCAGUUUUGUUACAUGUGAAGUAAAAACCAUCUCAUCUGCUGUUCUGCUUCCUAUUUUAGUUAAGUGUUGGACAUCACUGAAAUGCACUUCAAUGACUUCUACAACUUUACUACUAACAUAGCACAUUGUCCAGAAGUUCUCUUUACCUAAAAUUAGUCUGUAUCUUUUUAUAACAUUUGAAAGAGAAAAAAGAAAAUCAAAUGUGUGGUUGAGACACGGUGAACUUGACAUAAAUGUGUUUAUGUAACUGCCUUACAUCACUAUUGUAAACUUGUAUGAUUUGCCAUUAUUAGCAGCUUGAAACACCUGGUAGAUUAAGUGUAGUUGAGAUUAGUGAACAGAUGUUUGGGUACUGGGGACACUAUGUUUUAACAAACUGCAGUGAAUACCUACAUGUAACUUUUUUAAAAAUAACAGUAAUUACCCCUUUUUUCACCUUCAGUUUAUAAAAAUUAGUUUCCCUGGGUUUGACUGGGGUGGGGGGAAGGAGAUAAUGUGACAUGUAUCUGAAUCCCUAAGGAUGGUGCUUAAAGCAGUAGUGUAAAGUUAUUAAGAUGGAAUUUCUUUAAUGCAUUUGUUUUUUGUAAUAUUGAAAAUGAUUGAGAGUUGAAAAUCAUGUGUACAUUGGAUGUUUGCUGCCAAAAACACAAUGAUCCAAUUAUUGAAAGAUUAAUUGAUCCACUAUCCAGUACUCAUUUUAAAUUUGCUUUACUAUCCUUUGGACCUUCCUCUUUUGAGAUUUAAAAAAAAAAAAACUUUUCUCAAAUAGCUGUUCGCCUCAAUUAGGUACUGAUCGAUCUUUCUUUCUGAUUACUGAUUUAUGUAGCAUGUACCAGACAGGAUUUUGCUUGAUUCCUUUCCUGUGUAUCAGCUUCAUUAAUAAUGCCAACACAUCACUGGGGAACAGGAUUUGCUACUUGAUUUAUGUUUCUUCUACUAGCUGGUUGUCUAGCUGGACAAGAAGUACUGGAGAGUCAUCAUAGAGUGGCUAUUGCAGUUCUGAAAUUUUCUGUUAGACUGGUAAAUUUUGGAAAUACAGUGGAUAUUUAUCAUUUAAAAAAAUGAAUAUUUUUAGGGCAGAUCACAUUUUGUCCCCCAUAUAAUUUGGAUUUAUUUGCUUAAAGCACCUUAUUUUCUCGAUCCUUUUGUAAAAUUUUCAGAAUAUCUCUGAACAGAUGCAAAGUGAAAACACGGUACCCAACUAGCUAACGAAAUAAGGCAUUUAAACAUGCAAACAAAUGCCGUAGUUUGAGAAGAAAACUAUGGGUGAAAUCCUGGCCCUGCUGAAAUCAGUGGAAGUUUUGCCAGGAUAUAAUCAUAUAAAUAUAGUUUUUGAACUUCUGCUCCUCUUCUGCCAAUAGUCAUCUUAAAAAUAUAUUAAAUGUCUCCAUUUUAAAGGAGACAUUUAUUUUUCAUAGUUCACAUCAUGGAAAAAAUCUUUUAUUUCCUCACAUAAUACAACUCCUGUCCUCUACUUGCUGUGAAUUGAUAAAAUUGAGAGUCGUGAUACAGAAAUAUGCAUGUCUUUAGAAAUGUACUAAUUUAAAAAUAUUAAUUAAUAUUACAUGUUGGGGUGGAGGAGGAAUCAAAAUUGUGGCUACUUUUAUAUCAUAUGAAAUAAUUCAUUCAGGGAGUAUUUUAAAAUCCUUUGACCUCAAACAGUCAAACUUCUGCUUCUUAAAGGGAUAAUCAACUUUACACAUUUUUAAUAAGCUACUCUAUUCUUGUAUUCUGUAAUUCUCCAAAUCACUGGUUAUUAAAAGUAAUUUACAGUAUAUAAAUGAGAAUUUGUCUCAGUACUUUUCCCCUAAUGAGUCCAGUGAAAUUUAGUGACUUGCAAAUGGUGUGAUCAUUGGACUUGAUUGUGCAGCCUUUUGCAUGCACAUCCCCCAUUGAAGUCAAUGGAGGCUGUAUGCAGAGGUAGCAGGAAGAGAUUUGCUUUAUGGGAGCAAUUUGGGGUGAAAUUCUGGCCCUUUAAAGUCAGUGGGAGCUCUGCCAUUGACUUUAAUGUUGCCAGGAUUUCACCCUUUGUGUUCAUGCACAAUAUUUAAAAUAUUUUAGGAAAUGGAAGCCCCAAAAUCAAUGCUAUGUACAGUGCAUGGAUUUAUGUUCAAAUAUUCUGUUUAUUAUACACAUCAUGAAUUCCUCUUAGAUGAUUUAAAACAGGAAUCACAGUUUAUACUUUUAGAAUGUAGCAAAGGGGAAGCAGUCUGUCUGGGAGUUUGGAAUGCUUUUUCUAGAUAUUUCACAUUUCUUAAGAUGUUUAGCUGCUUCUGCGUUCCAAUAGUACACAUUUGCCUACUAUAACUUUACAUUAGUGCUAUUUAUGUCAAGGGAGGUCCAAUUGCUAUUAUGUUUUUGCAUCAAUUUCACUGGUAUUGAAAAGGUAUGUAUAAAAAGAAAUGUUUGUGAUGCUGUCUAAACUAUGCUGCUUAGGCAGCCAGAUGAAAAACCUGUUUCAAAGUGCACUGCCAGUUUAGCUCUUUAAAAGUGGAGCUUAUUUUAUGACUACUGGAGAUCAGACUUGCAGAAAUUGUAAUGGGUGAUUAGUUGUCGGGAUAUAUUCUGUACUUUAAGCCCAUGCAGCUAUGUAACUCUUGCAGCGCUAUUUAUAAAUUGAGCCCUCUUUGUGAAGACUUUGAUAGCAUAUAUGGUAAUUAUAAAUGUGUUUAGACACUUGUACUGUCUAAUACUAGAUCAUAAAUUUUCUGUAGCUUCUGUAUUAAGAGAGUUAGGGUUGUGAGCAUCUCUAAAGCAGUACUGAAUGUAACUUUGAGAAACAUGGAUUGUGCCUCAUGACUUUUACUUUUUAACUACACACACACAGCUAAAUAGUGCCUUUUUUCCUCACAAUCCAUGUUGAAGAUGCUCACUCCUGCUCUUUUUCCUCUCUCUCCAUAUAUUGAUUCAUUUGUGCAAUAUUAUCCCGAUGUGAAACCAUUUUGUCACAUUUGUUUGAGAGAGAAUUACUCAAUUUUCCUCACUAUCAUGCCAGCUUCUGUUGUUGAAGUGUUGAUUACUGAUGCAAAUGCUAUAAAAUAAAACACCCAGUGGGAAGGGGAAAAAAA